AUGAUCGAAGAUUAAGUUAUUUUAGAAUAACAAAUCUUUGGCCCUUAAGUUACUUAAAUUCCUGAUUUAACUUAAUAUUAAAAGCAACCUUUAGAGUCUUAAGAGUCUGUGAGAUCAAUUGAAAGUCCUCAUAUUUAAACUAAUCGUUAUUUUGUAAGUAAAUAGAGGUUUUAAAGAUUAACAAGAAUUAUAAAUACGUCAUUCAAUAAUUAACACAAGUCAGAGGAAAAGAUUAUUCCUAAAGGAGUUGAUGAAAAUGAAGCAUUUAUGAGACUUGUUAGAAAAAAUAGAUUAAUAUAAAAAUUCAAAUAAAAUUUGUUUUUCAACUCAUAUAUACUUCCAAAUGGAUUGAAAACCAAAAUUUUAUCAUAAGAAAAAUAUAUUUAGCCUCAAGUAUUAAGAUUUUUGUAGAGUAUAAAUUUUGAUAUAUUAAGAUAGAAUAUGGUUAAAGUAAAUUAAAAUCUUCAAUUUUAUUGCCAUAAAACCUUUUUUUGUAUUUUUGGGAUCUAAUAACUUUAUUAGCAAGUAUAUUAGCUCUAUGGAUUUGUCCAUUUCUUUUAAGCUUUUCUUUUGAUGAUUAUUCAUUUCCAAAAAUAAUAAUAGGAUUAAUAGUACAUUUAAUAAUAGAUAAUAUAUUGGCAAUUAAUAGAGCAUAUAUUGAGUAAGGUGAAGUAAUAGUAGAUAGAAGAUAAAUUAUCAAUUAAUAUGUUAACAAAUAUGCAAUUUUUGAAAUAGUUUCUUUGAUGUUAUGGAUAGGUAUUUACCCUAACAUUCUUAAAGAAUUUAAUUAAUCGAAAUAAGUAUUAUUGAUUUUGUAAAACAUAAUUGUGUUAAUAAAAUUAAAGAGAACCAAUACAAAAAUGGAAAAUAUAUAUUUAAAACAUACAUUAAGUAAUGCAGCAGAUUUAUUAAUAUUAAUUUUAUCUAUAUAUUUUUUUGCUCAUUUUAUGGCUUGUCUUUUUCAUUAUGUAGGAGUGAUUACUGAAACUGAUGAACAAACAUGGUUGAUUUAAAGAUAAAUAAGACAUGAAUCUGUUUGGAUUAGAUAUAAUACAUCAUUUUAUUGGGCAACAAUGACAAUUACUACUGUAGGAUAUGGAGACAUUACUCCUGAAAAUUAAGGAGAGAUGUUAUUUGUUAAUUUAAUGAUGUUACUUUCUAGUUUUUUAUUUGCUUAUUCAAUGAAUUCGAUAGGAAUUAUAUUAAGAAAUCUUUAUGAACAAAAUAAAAAUUAAAAGUAAGUUUUAAAAUUUAUAAUAAUUUAGACGUUCAAUAUUGUAAUUAAAUAAUUAUAUGAAUCAUAAUUCAGUUGAUUUGUCAUUAUAAUUUAGAAUUCGAAAUUAUUUAAAACAUAAAAUGACAAAUAUGAAUUAUGAAAAGAUUGAGUUUAUUAAUAAGACUAUAUCUGAAUUACCAAAAGGAUUAAGAUAUGAACUUAAUUAAAAUAUAUCUGAAAAAAUAAUGAGAAACAUUAAAAUAUUUUCAGAUUAAUUUUCGAAGUUAACAUAAAAUGCAUUGACUUAAAAAAUGAAUCGAUUACUGUUUUAACCAGAAGAGUAUAUUUAUCAUUAAUAUGAAAUUGACGAUUAAUCCUUGUAAUGAUUAUAGUAUAUUUAGAGAUAUUUUGUAAAGGAAGGAAUUAUUGAUAUAUGUGAAGAAUAGAGUUAAUAAGUUAUAUAAACAGUAACAAAAGGAUAGACAUUUGGAGAAUAUUAAUUUUUUACAGGAUUUCCAACAAAAACAUGUGCUUUGAGUAGAACAUCAAGUGAAGUAGUAUAAAUUCAUAGAUCAAACUUUUUAAAAUUGAUAAAAGAUGAAAAAAAAGAUAUGGAAAGAUUUAAUCAUAUCAAAGAUAAGAUUCUAUUGUAUUAAAACUAUAAUUCUAUAUUACUUAAUUGUAAUAAAUGUAAUAGAAGUUCCCAUCUCAAUAUUAAUUGUCCAUUACUCACUUAUCAACCUGAUAUUGAAGGAAUAAUAAAGAAAUCAACAAUUAUGAAAAAUAUACAAAAAAGAACAGGAUUUCAUAGGAAAGGUGAUAAAAUUAAUACAAGAAGAAUGUUGACAACUAUUUAAGAUUCUCUAAAUAGAUAUUAAUCUGAAUGUUAUAUUAAUUCUGAUGAUGAAUAAUCUAGAUAUAUGUCUCCUGAUUACAUCAGUAGAAUUAAUUAUAGAAAAAAAUCAAUAAAGAAACCUCAUUAAAUUAUAUCAAUUUCAAAUACCUUGAUUUCUGAAAAAGAAAUGUUACCUUCUGAUAAAUAGAUUUAAAUUGCUACAUCUAAAGAUAAUUUUGAAAAAAAAAAAACUACUCCUUCAAAGUUUCUCAUUUAAGGUGAAGAAUCUUUAUAUAAAGAAUAAAAUAAGGAUAUGCUUUAAGAAUUUUAAACAAAGUUACAAUUCCAUCAUAUUAAUAUUGAUUAAAUCAAAAUUUAUUAAGAGUAUAUGCCACAUAAUAAUUUUCAUAAUGUAAUUAAAGGUCUUGAUUUAAUAAACAGCUAAAAAUAGUAUAAAAAUAGAUAUAAAGAAUCUGGAAAAUACACUUUUAAUUAUUUAGCAAAAUAAAAAUCAUUGAAUCUGAGAAAAUGGUACGAACAUAAAUUAAAAUGA